CAUUAUUUCAAGUUUCAUCAGUCACUCGCUGGUCGUCAGUGCGUACGGUUGUAAAAUUUGUUCGUUGUUACUUUUGCCAGAAGAUAAUAAAUCGGUGUGUUUCCCCUCUCAAUUUUUAUCUAUUAGUGUAUUACAACAACAACAUUGUGUUUAAUUAAAAGAAUCCUCAAUCAAAAAAAAUCAACCAUUUUAUUAAUUAACGGAGAAAAACAUCUUGGCAGAAAAUAAAAAAGGGCUUUAAAAAAUAAUAAAUUAAUAUUUAUAAAAGUGUGUGUGUUUUGCUUACGGGAUUUUGCAAUAAAAAUUGUUAGUUAUUUUUUAAUUUUUUGUUUAAAAUUAAGAAGAAAAAAACUAGACGUAAUCAAAAAAAUUUCUUAAACUCGCUAGCUACUCUCUUUCUAUGCUUUGUUAACAGAGUUGCGCUCUCUCUACUUUAAAUUUGAGCAGUGUAUAUUGUUGUUGUGUUUUAUUUUAAAAGUGUAGUGGUGAAAAACAACAGCAACAACAACAAUUUUGUGCGGUUUCUUAUUGUUAUUUUUCUAUUGAGCCAGCAUAUAUGUAUGUAUUGGCCCCGUUAACUUAAAAAAAAACUAAAAUACACCACUCUCUCAUUUUACAUAAAAAAACUUAAUAAAUAAAAGAAAAAAAAAACAACAAACACAUACUAAAUUUAGUGAUUGUAUAGAUAAAGUGAAGCUUAGCAUCUCAUAAUAACUACAACAACAACUACUUCCACCACCAAUACAACACUACUGUUAAAUAAAAGAAAAACAGCAACAAUAUUGAAAAAACACACAUUGUAAGGUGUGGGGAAAUCGAUUGAUUACGUACCGAAAACGAAACAAACUAAAAAAAAUAAAACAAAUUAACUAAAAAACUAACUUCAUUAUUAAAAAAUAAUUCAAAUAAAAUACAAAUUAAAUAAUAAAGUGUUUUUUCUGUUUUUUUUAGUUAAAUUUAAUAGAAAAAAUAAAUGAAAUUUUAAUAAAAAGUAACACAAAAAAUUGUCAAAAAUUUCAUUUACCAAACAGAAAAAGUGAAAGAAAAAAUUAACAAAAAUUUGUAUAAAAAAUGGAAAAAUCUACAAACUCUUCUUCAUCCACUACGUCGUCCACCUCCAGUUCUAGUGUGGGCUCUGGAGGCUCGACAACAACAGCAGCAGGCAGUAGUAGUAAUACAACAACAGCAGCCUCUAGUGAAGCUAAUCAACAAGAGCAGAUUUUGCAAAAGCAUCAUCAUCAUCAUCAAAACAAUUCAGCAACAUCUACUCCAACUAAAAAUCAACUUAAUAAUUCACUAGGGUGUGGUCCAUCAUCAUCCACAGCAACAACAACAAAAACAGCAGCAACAUCAUCGUCUUUGGAUAGAGGUUGUUGUGGUAUGGUUGUUGGUGGUGGUGGUGGCAGCAGCAAUUUAAACACCAACAAUAUUAUGUCGUCCCUUAACAAUACCACCUUGGGUCAUCAAUCUUCAAACACCACAACCAUGGGUACUUCUUCUACUACUACUACUGCUACUUUAUCAAACUCAGCAGCAUCAUCUUCCACCUCGUCCUCGUUGUCAUCCCCACAAAUGGCGCCAAUUAAUCUUAAUAUUAGCACAACAACUGGCGGAAACUUUAGUGUGUCCGUAGAUCCUCAGAUUACGGUGGAAAAUCUCAAGAAAAUUAUUGCUAAAAAAUUAAAGGUGGCCAAGGAUCGUAUAUGUUUAUUGCAUCGUGAAAAAGAACUUCAAGAUGGUUUAUUAAAAGAAAAUAAUUUAAUGGAUGGCUCAAAAAUUAUUUUAAUACCAAAUGUUGAAACUGGUUUAUUGGCUCAACGUCCUGAGAAUACAGUGAUGCAAGCUCUCGAAUCGCUAAAUGACUCACAAGUCAAUGAUUUCCUUAGUGGCAAAACACCCUUGAAUCUUAGUAUGCGUUUGGGCGAUCACAUGAUGCUAAUACAACUGCAGCUGAGUACUGUUAAUCCCGUUAAUGGUGUAGCUCACAAUGGAGCCAACUGCAGCAGUUCCUCGUCACGACAACGCCACCAUCACCAUCAUCAUCGUAGCAGUCGAACGUCUGCCACAGCAUCGACAGCAACACAAACUGCAGGCACACCAGCGUCAGCGUCAAAUUUUAGCCAUCAUCAUCAUCACCACCACCAUCAUCAUCAUGGCUCCAAUACAACAGCCGUGGCUGGAUCUGCAGCAACCACUACCCUACCAGCAACCGCAGUGUCCGUGGCGACAACAGCACAAAAUGUUACAGCGGUACGAAAAUUAGAAUUGGAUACAACCUGUCAGACACCUCGUAACACUAGCAACACCUCAACAUUAAUAGCACCACACUCAAGCAGAACAGCUGCGACCACAAAUGGUGCGGCGUCCUCUUCGUCGUCGAUGUCUACCACUACAGUAACUAAAAAUUCGGAUUUAAGUUCAUUUUUAAGCAAACGUGACUAUGAAAGUCUUCAAAAUAUUGUGAAAAGCAUUGCAAUGGCUCAACCAUCACGUUUAGUACAACAAUCAAUCACCACAUCUAAUACAGGGGCUCAUUCUUUGUCAUCCUCUUCGACCACAGUACCACCAACCUCGGCUUCUAGUACCACCAGUGUACCCGUAGUAACAGCACCCACAUUUCAUGCUCCUUCAGAGGCAGUCUUAUUAGAACAAUCUCCCAUUAAAUCUUUAUCGAACCUAGUAUCCAGUCCCAUAAAAACAACAGCCAUUAAAAACAUUCCCAAUAUAUCGAAUAAUAGCAACAGUUCCUCUUCAAACAAUAGUGUAGCCAUUGGACCCCAUACAGCCUCGAUUUCAGCUGUUUCAGCCUCCAUUUCAAAUGCUUCAGCUGCAGCUGCCAACUCAGCCAUGUGUCAAGAUCCUAUAGCAGCUAAACUGACUUCAUGUUUGUGUACUAGACUAAAUGGUGGCCUGGCAGCGGUCAAUAAUAUACCGCAUUCUUCGGCUAAGCAAUGUAUGGAAACCGCUUGCAAUUCCCAGCAACAACAGACACCGAUAACACAGCACCAUCAUCUUCAGCAGCAACUGCAACCACAUGCAACUCGUACUAGCACUAGCACCAUUAUGACCAGCACUCCCAACUAUAAAGCAACUUUAACACCAGGCUCCAUAAUAGCUUCCCUAAAUGGUGCAACGAAUUCCUCUUCAUCCUCAUCAAGAUCUUCCUCAUCUUUGCAUAAGACCGCUCACAAUCCAAUAUCACGUAAACAUCGUCAUCAUCAUCACCACCAUCAUCAUCACCAUCAUUACCAUCAUCCUGCAGCAGUACAACAGCUAAGUAAUGGCACCAAUCAGAAAAUGAUUACCAACACCUCGACACCCAUUAAAGUUGUGGCCAACGAUAGUGGUUUCAAUUCCGGUGAUGAUUCCUCAUUAAAUGCAUCUUCAGCUAAAUCAUCUUCAACAUCCCCUAGCAUCACUACUAGCAACAUUAGUCAAACGCCGAUCAGCAACCCCAGCAACACUACUCCGGUAGUAGUGACACCUUUAGCUACCUCCACCUCUUCGUCGGCAGCUUCUAAUAAUGCAAAUACACCAGCAAUUGCAACUGCAACAACUACAGCUACACCUAUCGAACUCGAUGAUUCUGGCAUUGUUUCCGAUUCUCGCACUCUGGCUGAGGCUUCGCGCAAUCUAACACAAACCUUGCGUAAACUAUCCAAAGAAGUAUUCACCAAUAAGAUUGAUUUUUCGGCCAGCGAAGAAACUCCCCGCAAGAGCGGUUCGGGCGCUGUCAUCGAAUCGAUGAAGAAUCAUGGUAAAGGCAUAUAUUCGGGCACAUUUUCGGGUACUUUAAAUCCAGCUCUGCAGGACAGAUAUGGUCGUCCGAAACGGGAUAUAUCGACUGUUAUACACAUUCUAAAUGAUCUGUUGAGUGCUACACCACAAUAUCAUCGUGGUGCUCGUAUAAGUUUUGAGGCUCCUUCUACUUCGGCAGCGGCUGCAGCAUCGGUAGCGGCUGCUAGUGGUUCCACUGGCACCGUGCAUCACAGUUCCAGAAGUAAACAUCUCUCCUCUAAACACCAUCAAUCUUCCCAUCCUUGUGUCAAAUGUAUUAAAACUCACAAUUCUUCAUCGUCUACAGUCAAUUUACAAUCUGCCUCAACAUCAAAUGCCGCUGGCACAAUAAACCACAGCCACAGCUCAGCAUCUUCUUCAUCAUCAUCGUCGUCGUCACCAGUAUGCGCCUAUGGUGAAUGUAAUGGUCAUUAUGUCAGCAGUAAAUCACAAUCGACUAAAACCUAUCCCUGCUGUCAACAAGACACCAGCACAACAAGCGCCACAUCGUCAUCAUCAUCUACAGCAGCAGCCUCCGCAUUAGCACAACAACACCAAGGUGGCCACAAUAGCAGUUCAUCAACUACUAACACCUCCAAUACAGCGAAUGGUCACCACCAUCACAAUCAUGGCUCGUCACAUCAUCAUCAUCACCACCACCAUCAAAUGGUUGAUGAACGCAAGGUGUGUCAAUGCCGUUAUCGCGUACACUCGGAGACUGGCGAACGUGAACGUGACUAUACCUGCCAGAAGUGUGCCGCCGAAUUGGAUAAUAUUAAAACCAAAUCAAAAUUAGAUCAAUUACGUUUGGUAAUGCAACAGCGCAAACAAAAGCGAGAGGCGCGCAAAUUGAAAGGUGCCCCUUAUGGCGCCAGAGUUGUGGGCACCACCACCACAGCUGCGGCUAGUGGUGUUACCGAUAAUAGCGCCACCACUUUAACUGCUUCGAAUAGUACCAUUACCACACCAAUAAGUGUAGCCACCUCGGCCACAACACCCAGUGAAGUCUCACCAAAUCAUUUGGUUGAAGAAGUUGAUACAGCUGCUUAAAUAAUUUAUUAGUUUUGUUCUAGUAGAAAGUAACCCACAAAAACACAGAAAACCUGAACGAAAUUGAAUAACGAAAAUUUGAAUUGAAACUAACCGUAACAACACCAACAACAAUUAAACAAACAAUAUUUUUAUAAAUUUUUGUUAAAGCAGUCAGUCAAUUUAUACGAAAAUUAUUUUUAAUAUUUUUGUUCAGUUUCAUUAAUUAAUUGCAAUUCUUUUAAUUUAAUUUUAUUAUAAUUUUUAUGUAGCAUUUAUUAGUUUUUAGUAAACCAACCACUCUUCUCACAUUACCACCAUUACCACUACAAACAACAAAAACAACAACAACUACUACUAUAUUAUUAUUAUUAUUAAUUAUAAAAUAUUAUUAUUAUUAUAUAACAAACAAAAAACUCUUUGAAAUGCAAAAUAUAUUGUAAGUUUUUCUUCUUUUUUAAUUCUUUUCUUUAUAAAGGACAAUUUUAUUAUUGUUAUUUGAAUUGUUAAUUGUAUUAAGGUUUUUUCUCUUUUUAUUAUACAUAAACACUUACUUUUUGGGGAAUAUUUGAAUAUAAU